CGUGGAAAUAAAAAAAUUAUUUGUCCACGUCAUCAUUCCACUUACUUUGUGUAUAUGAUUUAUCAUAUUACCUAUUUAAUAAAAAUUAAUUAAAUUACAAAAAGAAAUAAAAUGAUUAAUUUAUUAUCCACCAGUGAAGAUCCGACGGACGAGAUUGCCGUUGUAGGUUGCCCUUCGACGGCCAUCCCGUCUCCGAAACCACCAACUCGAUGUCGUCCAGCUUCAGCGCCGACAUUGCUGCGAACACGGUGUUGAUCUAGGUGUCGAAGAGGCUGAAGUACCUCAGCCCGCUGCCGAUGUCGACAACGCCGGGAUUCUCUCGGAACAGAGAGUACGUAGUGCAGCUAGAUGACGUCGGAGUUCAAUUCGUAAGCAAAGAACGGGUAAGCGUUCACCUUCAGAUACGAGCCGGUCUCGCGGAGGAACUCCAGCAUUGGGCGGAAAACUGGCUCGAGAAGCUCCUGUCGGAACGAACUCGCCGGCGACGGGUAAGAGUUCUGGAGCGUGUUGAGAGCGAUUGGGGAAGAGACCUUGAUGGCGAAAUGGAGGUUGGAUCUCGGUUCACGGAUGGUAAGCGCCGUCGUUUUUCUGCACCCACGCGGCUGCGAAGGAUGGCUUCUUCUCGGCGGAGGAGAGCAUGCAAAUCGACGACGACCGUAAUUCCGAAUCCAGCAUCAGAGCACGAUCUGGUUGGCAUCGAAAACUUUCACACGACUUAAACCUUGGGAUUUCAGCAGCUGCACGACUUUCACUGCCGACGGGAGGUUGUUGGCGAUAUUGCCGUAGUUGACCCCGAUCGAGCCCCAAUUUGCCCAAAAAAAUGUACAUCAGAAACGGUUGAAAAAGAAAUUUCCGAAAAGGGAAUUUGAGGUAGCGGGAUUGCUAUAAAUUACCUGCGAAGGAAGGGGCAAAGAGGAGGAGCAAGAGGAAGUUGGAGAAGAAAGGAGACGGAGGCGCCAUGACUCUCUGUUUUUUCAUAAUAAAUUAAUCAUAUUAUUUAUUUAUAUUUCUGUAAUUUAAUAAAUUAAUCAUAUUAUU